AUGUCCGGACACAGAAAGAAUGUUAAAUGCGUAGAGUUUAUCGGAGGCAACGGAUUGUCGUUGGCAACAGGUUCCAGCGACAACACCAUUAAAAUUUGGAAUACCGAGACUGGCGCACAACUGGCAAAUCUCACUGGAAACACUUCGAGAAUAUGGGAUCUGAGUUCUUCGGCAUCCGGAAAAUUGAUGGCGUCGGCGGCUGGUGACGGUGUUGUCAAGGUCUGGGAUAUCAGUUCCACCACCAAACCGACAUGUCCUCUCACUAUUAAAGCACACGAAGGUGAUGCCUACGCAGUUCAAUUCCAUCCAGGCCAAGAACACAUUGUUUCCGGUGGUUACGACAAGUCGAUUCACCUGCACGACGUGCGAACCGGCCAACUAAAACUAGAAGGUCAUACCGGCAUGGUUUAUUCCGUUGCCUGGUCACAACAACAAUCAUUACUAGCAAGCAGUUCUCACGAUAACACUGCCAAAGUUUGGUGGUACGAUUCUACCAAACCAAUAUUCUGUGAUAUAUAA